CUCUAAUUACAAUAUUUUAGGGCUAAUAACUCAUUAUAAUUAAGUAUUAUAUAUUUUAACUUCCAAUGCCCACAUGCUGUAGAAAUUAAGAUCAGUUAGGUUGUCCAUUUAUUUUGUGUAUGGCUUAGUAUUAUAAAAAACUAAAUAAAGAAUGACUUAGUCUUCCUCUUCUCUCAUUAGCAUAGUAAUAAUAUUAUUUGUCCGUUUCAAUCAACCAAAUUAAAAUAUUUAAAAACACUAGUAGAGAGAUAAUAGAACAAUUUGUUGGAUCAAUGAUAGAACAAUUUGCAGCAAUAUCUUCAUUUAAACAACAAGUGGAAGGUUUAUCAGACCUAGACCACUGGGUUGAGUUAUUGAUUCGUUUACUGUGUGCUGUCCCUGGCUGGAGUGAGAAAAAUGUCCAGGUAUUUAAAGGUUUCAUUGCUGCAGAUAUCUAUCUUUUUUACCUUUGUGGAUAUUUUUGGCUGUGAAGAUAGUUAUUUGAAUUGUCCACACACCUCAAUUUCCUUUUAAAUAUUUAGUUGAACUGCUCCCAAACAUUGAUUUUUUUAUAUAUAAUUAAUUUGUAACUCCCUCCCACCCCUUUUCUUUUGUAGAUAUUAAAGGGUUUCUUUCUGAUGUUAAACCUGCACUUCUUAGUGCACUGGAUACGGAGUAUGAGAAGAAUCCAUUUGAGGUGCUCCAACUUAAUCAUUCAAGAUGCAUGUAUUGUUCGUUUUUGUUUAUUUGUUACUGAUGUAUUCCCAUAUCUUAUCUGGGGUGCAGCAGCAGCUCCAAAGAGAACUAUUAAAUCAGCAGAACCUACAUCUGCAUCUUCUGGUGGACUAGAUGGCCUGCCACAGGAAGAUAUUAGUGGGAAGAUUACACCUACCCUGCUUAAAGGCUUAGAAAGUACUGAUUGGAAGGCUCGCUUGGAGUCAAUUGAAGUUGUGAAUAAAGUUUUGGAAGAGGCUAACAAGCGCUUCCAACCCAAUGGAACUGGUACAUUCUAUCAUGUGUUUAAAUUCUCUCUCCCUCUAUUGUUAUUAUUUAUUAUUGUACAUGCUAUUCAGCCUCCUUUAUAUCCUCCCAUUUGUUAAUUAUUGUUUAAUGUUUAUUUUCAGCUGAAUUGUUUAAUAGUUCGUGGUCAUAUCUAAGCUUAUGCUUUCUACAUAUACUCAUGUGAAGUGAUCUCGUGUUUGUCAUUUAUUCUUUUAAAUUUCUUUCAUAUGGUUUCAUCACUAUCUUUUUUUUUUCUCCCCCUAUUUUUUUUUUUUUGGUUGUUGGGUUGGGAAAAAUAGACCAUUCUUAAAACCUUAUAAAUUAAGCUCAUUUUAACAGGUUGGUAGGCUUUGAUAAUGAUACCGCUUGUAAUUUUUUCUGUUUGGAUUUUUUUUAAUGCAUGUAAUGAAAUAUGAAUAUAAUUUAGUAAUGCAUUUGAACUAUCUAACAUUUUCUUUGCUUGAAUUUUUUUAGUGUAAAAGUUGAAUUUGUCAGAUUAGUCUUAGUGUCCAAUCUUUAAAGUUUAAUUGGAGAGCUGAUUAUUGAAAUAUAAACUGAACUGCAAUUUGUUGGAUUCAAAACUUGGACAGUGUAUUAUACUAAACUAUU